AUGAAUUCGAGAACAGUAGGCUAUAUGAACGAUCGAUGCCAAAUGGAAGUAUCAGUCGAAGAUCAUGAUGUAUUCAAGGCUCUUCACGAUUGUAUGAAAGAUAUGAGUAAAUUUCGACAAUAUCUUUACUAUAUUGGUACAUCUUGUGAUACGAGAAAACUACGAAAUAAAAUUCAAAAAUUAAAAGAACGAAUAAUAAAAAGUUUUACACAUCAGCGAGAAUUAAUUUUUAAAACUGGAAAAGGGGCAAAUUCUAAGUCUGAUUUGGCAACAAAACGUCUUGAAAAAUGUAUAUGUUUUACAUUGGCAUCAUUGAGUUAUUACGAAGAUCUUUUACAUAAAUUUACAAUAUUACUUGUUAAUUUUUCACUUGCAAGCGAUCGUACGAAUGUUGUUAAUCUUGGAUUUGAAGAUUCAACAAUAAAUGCCGAAGAUGCAUCGGUCGAAAAUCUUGAAGCUGAAGAAAAUGAAACAAAUCGCUAUAUAGAAUUGCUCAAUCAAAUUCAAUAUUUACAGACACUUCGAGAAGAUAUUGAACAAAUUGAUGUCUAUCAACUUCGCUACCACGCAACAUCUUACUCAAAAGAAUUUGUGGAAAGCAUGCAUAAAUAUAAUGGCGAUGUUACAUUAGAUUAUACCGAGACAAAUGAAUUAUCACUUGUAAAAUAA